AGUAUUGAUUCGUCGGCGUCGGACGGAGGACGGACGGAGGCACGGCGCUCUCGGCAGACUGCCCCGGCGACCUGACCUGACCUGACCUGAGCGCGGCCCCGGCCGGCGACAUGACCUCGCGAACUCGCUGAAGGGUGGGGUCGGCGCCGGCCCCUCGCCAGCGGGCCAGAUGACCCAGCUCAAGUCCAAAGAGCCGCCACCUACCUGGAAGGAACGCGAAAUCAACGGCAACUGCGAGUUUGGCGUCAAAAGCUACCUACAUCAGUUCUACGAUGGUCCAGAGAGCGUGGACUUCGACCUCUAUGAAUAUGAGGAGGACCAGUGCGACCAGUCGUCCUGGCCGGGGCCGGCGGAGGGCGGCCGGCGCCGGCGGCGCGCCUGCUGCCGGCCGGCCGGCUGCGUCCGGCCGCUGCUGAUUCUCUCACUACUGCUGCUGGCCUCGGCCGGCUCGUUCCUGCUGCUGCUGGUGCUGCUGCCGCCGCCGCUGGCGCUGCUGACGGCUGCCUCGGACGUCACGGCUGCCGAGCUGGCCGCGCUGACCGCGGCCUGCAUGGGCGCCACGGGCACCCUGGUCUCCGUCUGUCUGAUGUUGCAGGUGAAAUCAAACGCCCUGGCGGCCCGGGAGGGCGGCGGUGAGCAGCGGUCUCUGUACCGCUCUCAGGCCGCGCCUCCCAGCCCCACAGAGGCCACGGUACCGGCCACCGCUCAGCUCAUCAGCAUCCAGCCGGACGCACCGCCGCGCUAUGACGUCACCAGAGUCCAGAGUGACGUCACCGCGACUGGCGAACACUAACGGAAAACACGGGUGAAUGAAAGGGCAUGUCUCAUACUGGGUUGUCUCCCUAAAGGAAGCAUCGCAGGCCGGACUGAGUGCUUAGUAUUCCAACGACAGAGGCUAGCCUAUGAAAGCAGCGGGUGAAGGAGUUAUGAGAAAUGCUAAGACUGAGAGAAUGCUUUCAUAUCCGGCUCAAAAGCUGUCGAGAUAUUAAAGUGAAUCAUAGAAUGUGUCUAUUUUGCGUAUAAAGGCAAGUGUUAUGGCUGCAAGGGUUAGCGCGUGUGUUGUGGGCCGCUUGCCACCCAUAGAGGUAAAAUCUUAAAACCCCCCGAUAGGAAUAUCUCAGGCAAGCACACCGUCGAAGAAAUAAAGACAAAAAAGUGAUAGCAAACAAAAAGAUGGAUGGGAUGAGGAUAGUGUGCUGGCGGACGAGAGUACGAGAAUUGCUGACCGAUCUGUCCAGAAAUCCAACGCGAUAAGAAAAAGGUCAUGACUGAUUGAGAAAGUAUUUCUGGUCGCGCUGAGAUAUGGUGAUCUAUGAAAACCGAACCGACCAUAGACAAAGGAGUGAGCGGAUCAGAUAAAGCCGCUUUUUUGUAGAGUGUGUUGUCGCUGGCUCUUGCCCCUGAUCUCCAUCUCAUUGGUAAUGAAAAAUGUUGCAUCUAUGGUGAGCGGAGGACCAUUUAGCGGGGAAUAUCCCCGCUGGAAAUGAAGAUGGAUCCGGGAAUGUUAUCCGAAAGAAAACGUCAUCCGAACAGUCACGUGUGUGGAUUGACAUUUGUGGUCAGCUGAGGGAUACAACGCUCUGUCUCUAGUCAUAUCCACUGUGAUCAAUGUCAAAAUUAGGUGUCAUGACAUGGUGGCGAUACAAAUAUACGGCCGUUAUCCGGUUCGUGGA